UGAAAUAGAACGUUGACAUGGCGACGCUAUGCUUGGUCACAAUUCCGUUUGAAUUCCACUCUCUAUUAUUUUAGAGAAAGCACCAUUUCUCCACCUUGUUAUAUACAGUAUUCGGACCAUCUCUUCGUGUUUUUUUUUCUCUCAUUUUUUUCUCAUUAUUUUAGAGGCCGAUGUCACUCUAUGACAUUUAAAGACACAUCUCUAUCUUUCAGUGUGUAGCAUGCACGUGCAAGAUGAACAUUUGUGUAUAUUUACAAGUAUUUUAUCUGAUAAACAUUCAUCUACUUUACUCUGAAGCUACUCCUCAUGGAAAUGGUACAGAAAAAUCUACGAGAGGCCUGCACGUCACGACACACAAACCGUCCACCUCAGCAUAAUCGUAGACAAUGGUAAUCUGACAUACUUUAGUUUCAAAAAAAUUAGAGACUCGCCAGAGUACGUCGACAAAACGCAUUUCAUCAAAUGGAUUUUUAGUCCUUCCUGCGCGCGAUACCAAGUCAUCCUUGCACCGAGCAAGUUCGGAAAGUCUACCAACUUCGCCAUGCUUCGGGAAUUCCUUCAUCCGGCCCACUACGGUCACUCGGACAGCAUAAAAUCACGCCAGGAAAGUUUAUUCCAGAACCUAGAGAUCAUGAAAGACACAAAAUUCGUGGCGGAACAUUUUAUGAAACACCCCGUCAUGUACCUUGAUUUCACCCCUUUCAACAUUAAUCCCGCGCACUUCCAAGACGACCUCGCUGACCUGUUGCGAAGGGCGAGCGAUCCGAUCAGAACCAUGACGUCAGGAAAAGAGAAUCUAGAUAAAGCUCUAUUCGCCAACAUAACGUGGAGAAUCGACGCGAACUGGUCAAGACCGUCAGACGGCCGUGCAUUGUCAUUUGCGUACAAUCAAGUGUACAACGGACCAAUCAUAGUCCUCAUCGAUGGACUCAAUGCACUUCUGUCCAGAUCCUGGGUCAUGGAAGAAAUUAUGCCCGGACAUGUUUCUCUCGUAGUGGAGGCGAUCGGUUCGUAUUUAUUUGAGGGUAUAUUUAGAAAUCCAAACGUGGAAAAAAUAUUAAUGACAGGUAGAACGCGCAUCGCAGGACCCUGGAAAGAAUUUAUAGAAGACCUUCAGUAUACAAAUAUUUUUGACGAUUCCGAGCUGGCUUCGUGUUUUGGCUUCAGUGAAUUCGAUGUUAGACGCAUUGGAGCUGGAGUUUAUGGUCUUACUGACUAUACUUUGAAUGGAAUAAAGCAGUGGUUUGAUGGUUACUC